AUGAAAACGUUCAAAGAAACUCACGAUAAGAUUACGGCGAACCUUGAAAAGAACCUUCAUACGGAAGUUCGGAAGCACAUUGGGGAGGAUGAUAAGACAGGUGGUGGUACAGGUGGUACGAUAUCUGACCUUGCUGGGGGAAGCUUUGACCAAUAUAAAACUCACGUUGACCAACCAAUCGUUAAGAGCUUUGACGAUAGUAAACCAGAUGACCUAAAUGGCAAACUCCCACUGGCGAUCAAGGCGGCUAAAAAUGAGGGACUGCAAGCGCUUGGAAUCAUCGGUCCACAGGCCAGUGGAGCUGAUAAAAUAGAUGCAGACACUUUCAAAACGCCGUUCCAAGAAAUCGAAAAGGAGCUUAAGAAAAUCGCCGAUCUCAUUACUGACGAAGGGUUUUCCGUCACUGGGGAACCAUUCCUAGCCAGAAGGGGCGUAAAAAAGCUGUUGGAAAAUCUGAGAAAUGGACUUACUAAAGAGGUUCCGGGUGUCUUAACUAAUGGUUUAGACGCAAUCAGAGAGGCGAUUCAAAAGUUGAAAACAGAGACGUAUGAUAACAAAACUCAGAGCAUCGGAACAGCCAUCGCCCUUAUUAAGGCGGAGCUUGAAGUGCUUAGGAAGAAGUUGAAAGAUAAAGGACAAAAGAAUGAUGUAUUCAACGCUUUGCAAGAUUUAAAUAAAGCAGGUCUUGGUAAGAGUGCUUGGAAUGGUAAAAAACUCAGUGGUAUUGGGAAAAUCGAAGAGGACCUUGGCACUGAAAUUGUAAAGUUGCCGCAGGAAACAAAAAAAAUCACCGAGGCCGUAAACGCAAUAGGCGCUGAGAUUAUAAGGAUAGGAUUUCGGUUUAAUUCAUUUGUAACCUAUGAUGACGUUGUGGAUCAGAUGACAAGGUUAGCAAAGCAUCUUGGUACAUAUAAGGGUAAAUAUGGAAGAAAUUACACUGUCAACCUUAAUAGCAUUUACAAGGCAAUUCAACAGCUGCAAAAAGGCCCGUUUAUUACGAAUCCCGACGCAAUCGGUAAAGCCAACAACCUUAUCAAACAAGAACUCACUACCCUUCAAGGUGUGUUGCAAGGCAGUCCAGGCGACGAUGUCAUUGAGACGCUGGAAGAUUUGAAGGGCGAUGGACUAACUGAGAAAGAUUGGAAACCAAAUAACAGUAAAAAUGAAAAAGGCCUCGGAAAAAUUACUAGUGACCUUAACACUCAACAAAUUACGUUGAAUGACCAACCGAACAACAUUGAUCAAGGCGUCAACCAAAUCACCGACGAGCUUACAAGACUCCAAGGUGAGUUGGAACGUGAAGUCACCGAUAAGUUGACGGAACUGAAAAGCAAGGGGCUAACUGAUAAGAAUUGGAAAAAUGAAUCCAAAAGGGCUAGAAAUACCAAUGACAAACUUCCUCCUCCUCAUCAUCCUUCACUCCACUAA